CUGUCUUUUCCCUAUUUACGCGGAGGUUUUCAUCGACUUCGGAGGGAUGGAUCACCUCGUGGUGGCGGUGAUCAGAAUGUAAAUGUGAAUCAGAAUCAUCGUUUACUUUCAUCACGCAAUUCCUUAUAUCCAGCGACAAUGAUAACACGUUCACGUGGUAGCACUCCUAACUUUGGUAAUCGUUUCGUCGAUUCGAGUAUCGCGUCGAUUGGAAACGUUUCAUCAUCAUCACUGAGUGCGAUGACCAAUCGAGAUAGUAAUCUGCGACCAUUUGCCCAGACCUUUCCACCUCGUGCAUCCAAUCAAGCAACAUUCAACUCACACCGGAAUGAUCGUUACAAUAUGCGACAACAAAUUCAUCGUGAUAAACGUUCUUCAAUUGAGAAAUACGGUGGUUCAGAGACGAAUGCAGUGCAUCAAAAUGACAUUAACAGCACUCGAACAUCGCCAGAUGGGGGUAAGUAUUUCGUGCAAUUUUUCUUUUAA